AUGAAACUAGAGAAAAGGUUACCACAUCCAAGGAAGGCAGCAGUAGUAUCAUCAUAUAAUGUAGGUGACGAUGAAAUUGAUGAAGAAGCAAGAAGGAAUGAACGAGACAUGUAUGUACUGGAGUGA